AUGGUACGUUUUCGUAUAGCUGGUAGUCCGUUGUUGUACAACUCAGCGUGUUUCUUCAUCGUGCUACCUGACUGUAUUGUUAAGCAAGUAUCCGUGGCGUUAUCUAAUGUUGAAUAUCACGGCAAAUAUAAACAUAGAUCAUCUUUUAAUCUGCUGUACAAAUUGGGUCCAAAGGAUAAGUACCAAUUUUACGGUACAGUGGUAAACAAGCAGUCACGUUAUCUCGAUUUGCUUCCAUGA